AUGAAGGCGACUGACCAUCCUUGGCCUUUGGUCACAGACACUUCUGUGCCGGCUGGCAAAUUGACUUGGAAAGCAGCUGAGUCCGACAUCCCUUCAUGGAAGACACCUACCAAAUUGAUUGAUGAAAAUUCCUAUAACACCACGGUUCUUCGGUUAGCAUCUACAAUGUCUGAGGACGACCUGGACGACCAAGUGGCUUUGGAGGCGCAAAGUCUCGGUUUGCCGCCUCUCCAAGUCACUUCGGAGGGCAAUGGUGUCACCUCUUCGAUCUCAGCAGUAACUGUGGCCUCUGACCCCAUAAAUCAGAGCUCCAUCCAGUCGCAAUCCACGGCGUCGACUUCCUGCGCUUCCAGUGAACAUCGUCUAGCGACGGAAUCCUCGUUUGUAUCUGGGCCGUCGCCUACGAAAUUGGAGAGCCCAGAGCCAGCAUCCGAGGCUGAGAAAAGAAGGAGUUCACCAUUCCGAAGAGGAUUUCAGAAGAUGGCUGGCUUUCGAAGGAAAAAGUCUGUCGCGCUUGCGUCAUCGACACUCGCCAGCAUCAGUAGUGAUGCCGACACCAACAACAGUGACAACGCAUCCGUCGACAUGAAGAGUCCUUCGUCAAUCAAGUCAAGUAAGAGCUCGUGGUCCCAGCCGCUGUCCGCCAGCAAAUCGAGUUGGGACCAACCGGCCCCGGCCGACCCGGAUGCACUCAGGCGAAGCAUGGAAUGCAAGGAUCUACUGAACUUGCGAAUGGCCCAGCUGGAAGAGAAGGCUCGUUUCCUCGAAUUCCAGGCCUCAUUGAUCGAUCAACUGAGGUCGCAACGCGACAACAUCAAGACGCAGAGGGCAACCGAACAUGAAAAAACUGUUGCUGAGCAAAGGCAAAAGAACGAUCGAGCUGUGGAGGACCUGGAGGCUCGUCAAUUAGAGGAAGAGAUGAAGAUGCAAAAAGAACACGAUUUAGAGAAGCGGACGGUGAUGGUGCGCCUCCGACACAUGGAAGCGUACUGUCAGAAUCCCACACCACUUCCCACUCUAGUCGACCCAGCCUCUGGCCGUCCGUCGAUCGACUCUGGACUUCCGAAACGCACGGUCACGGACAAGGACUAUCACAACCUUGCACAGCAAUAUCGUGAGCGAGAUGCUAUGGAUACACUGCACGCAUCCAAGAUCAAUGUGUUGCGAGGCAAGCAGAAGAAAGCGGUCGAGAACCUAGUAUGGAAGAAAGACCGGGGGAUCGACGCUUUGAAGCAGGAACAGAAGAAGGAACUUGCCGCAAUUGAUCGAGAUUUUGCCGGCAAAGAGGCCAAUCUGAAGCUGGCGUUCGGCGAGAAACGUACCAGAAUUGAAAAUAGGUGGAAAACUCGAGUCUUGAUUGAACGAACGAAGCUGGAGAGGGCAACUGGGUUGAAGUACGCACCACUACCAGACGUCACCGCCGUCGAAGAAGCCCCGGCCGCGGGUGAGACGGUUUGA